AUGGCAGUGGCCCGGAAAAGGCCUCUUGACGCCUGGAUCCGGCCUCCAGAGGCACACAGAAGCGUCCCUCAGCCUCAGAUCCAGGUGGCAGCAGGAACCGUGGAAGAGAGGAGACGGAUCUUUUCAAAUCUCUCCUGUGACCCAAAAGGAGCUUGGAAAAAAAUUCAGAAGCCAGGCGGUGAUAUUUGGCUUUAUUGGUUUAAUGAGGAAGCUGCUGGAUUCACAGCACAGGUUAUCAUCCUGAACCACCCAGGCCAAAUCAAUGCUGGCUAUGCCCCUGUUCUGGAUUAUCAUACUGCUCAUAUUGCUUGCAAGUUUGCCGAGCUGAAGGAAAAAAUUGAUCGUCGUUCUGGUAAGAAGUUGGAAGAUUGUCCAAAAUUCCUCAAAUUUGGAGAUGCUGCCAUAGUUGAUAUGAUUCCAGGCAAGCCUAUGUGUGUUGAGAGCGUUUCUGACUAUUCUCCUCUGGGUCGUUUUGCUGUGCGUGACAUGAGACAGACCGUUGUUGUUGGUGUCAUCAAGGCUGUUGAUAAAAAAGCAGGUGGUGCUGGCAAGGUCACAAAGUCUGCCCAGAAGGCUCAGAAGGCUAAAUGAAAAUUCUG